GGUAGGUAGUUUUAAAUGACUUUAUUGUUUUUCGAAGUAUUCUCCACGAAGAUUAAUGCACAUUUGUCAAUUUUCGAAGCAUUUAUUCCACUCGUCUGCUGGCAGAUCCAAAACGGCAUUUUUGAAUGCGUCAUCUGCUUCUUCUGGUGACUGGAACCUUUGACCACGUAGUCUGUUUUUAAUUUUCAGGAAAGUAAAGAAAUCGUUAGGACUUAGAUAGGGACUAUAUGGAGGACUGUUAACAGUUCCUUGCUCAUUAAGAGGAAUUGUUGCAAUAGGACCCGCUUUUGACACAAAUGUCGCGACC